ACGUUGUAAUUUUAAUGAAUGUUGUAAUUUUGCAACGUUUUCGAAUUUUUGUGUUAGGGAUUUUUUGCUACAUUUGUUUGACAGGAGCUGCCAAAUAAAUAAAUAUGGCCAUGGCGGACUCUGCAAAUGAAUUGAUGCUCCUGGAGCGGGUGUUUUUGCGUUUGGGCUCAGCUGAUAGUGACGAGCAGCUCCAAAACCUCCUUUCUAAGUUCCUGACCCCCGUUUUACUAAAACUGGCAUCCCCUGAGGAAAGCGUUCGCAAGAAAGUGAUGGAGCUGCUAAUACAUGUAAAUAAACGGGUGAAAACGCGGCCUCAAAUCCAGCUGCCUGUGGAAGAUUUGAUCAAACAGUAUCAAGACCCGGCAUCUACCUCAUUUGUCACGAAUUUUACAAUUAUUUAUAUUAAACUGGGGUUCCCACGACUGAGUGCUGACAGACAGGCCGAACUUGUCCCAGUCAUUUUGAAUGCGUUGGAGCAGAAACCUGUUGCUCAUUUGGACAGCAUUCUUUUGUUGGUUGUACUGGUGUUGGGUAAAGUUAAGGUCCCGACUGAGCCUGAGAAGGUGGCGACUUUGUUUGGCUUGAAUGAGAAGCCGCAAAUUGCCAAACAUUUGCUUGACAUGCUCUUGGAUAUGCUUCUCUUGCCUUAUGGGGCGCUUUCACCUCAAACGCCUGAAAAUGAGCAAAGAUCAGUAUCCCUCCCUGUGCCCCCUUGCAUGAGCCUUCACUCCUUUAAACGCAUAACUUUAAACAACCCCUUGAAACCAGAAGAACUGGAAGAGAUCAAACUGGGAAUCGUACGAUUUCUAGCACAUGGUGUUUUCAAAGACGAGGAUAUUUUAAUUCACCUCGUGGUAGCAGCCGCCGAUACGCGUUUCACUGUAGCUAAUUUAGCCGACAUGGAAUUGAAAAAAGUCGUCGGCUCUGUAGAUUGGGGCUCCCUAAGUGUCGUUAUGCCCCUAUUUACCAUGUUUUUAGGUUCACAAUCGAAAAAUCUAAAAGAGGAUCAGAUCAAAUCAGCUGCUAGUACCAGGAUAAGGCUUAAACUUUUGACUUAUUUGUGCCGAAUCACAGGAAAGGCUUUCGCAUUUCCCGCUUCCAUUCAGCUGAUUUUUGACUCGUUGUACGGCAGUAACACCAACACCAGGCUCAAGACUUUGGCCCUGAACUUCACCAUGAAUCUCGUCAGAUACGCUGACGAGGGCCCCUUGAGCAAAGUGGCCCCCGUGCUGUUGUCAGGCCUCCAAAAACUGAUCAAGGAAGGCGAAGAGACGCACCAAGGCCAAGCCUAUGUCUUGAUAGGGGCCCUAGCACAGAGAUUCCCGAAAAUCGUUUACCACGAUAUCAACCUUUUGGAGAUGUUUUUCAAAAAUUUGGAAUCAGCCAAUCCCGACUUAAAAUUGCAAAUUCGUGAAGGCCUCCUUAAUCUAAUUCUGGCAUACAAGUUCGAUGUUUGUUUGGAGGAAGCCGAUAAAGACGGUCGCUUGAAUAUCCUCUUCGCUUUGAUCAAAUUUCGGAUGAGUUCCGAAGAGUCAAUGGUGAGGUUUGUGGCGGUCAGAACUCUAGCUACGAUUUUUCCACCUGAACACGUCCCGUCCAAGUAUUUGUUACUAUUAUUGACGGGUGAUAGCAAAGAUGACGUGUCUGCUGAAGCUUUUAAGGCGCUUUAUGGAACGUCACGAAAGACAGAAAUAGAUUUAUCGAAAAAGAAUAAAAUUAUCACACCGCAGUUUCCGGAAAUUGUGAGUUAUGUCCACAGCGAGGCCGAAAGUUUAGUCAAAGACACCGCAAAAAGGUUUUCGGUUGGAAACCACUUUCUACCGUUCAACCUACGAACAUACGUUGAGUUGAUUAUUUAUUUGCGACUUUGCUUGGUCCGAAAUUUGGAAGUCCCUCUAACUCGUGAUAUUCUGAACCACCCGUGUGAGCACACGCCGGUCAUUCGAGAGUACCUUCAAGGUCUUUACGACCCAAACAAGUCAAUCGAAACUAAUCCAAUCCUUCAGUACACUUCACUAGUCAAGCAAUUGCUACUAGCAAAUCCUUCUGUAGAGCCCCUAAGUUGCAUGGUUGAAAUAAUCGGUUGCGUCCCCCAAUUAAGUUCAGUGUUGUUCAAAGACACACAAUGGGUCCGAGAUCAGUUGAACUCGACCAAGGAAGAAGUCCGAGAAUACGCUUCCACGCUUUACUCCCUUGUACUUAGUCCCGAUUCAAAGGAGUUUGAAAGUGCCAUUAAUUUUUUGUUAAAACAAUCCGAAAGUAAAAAUCUGGAGGCCCAACAUGGGGCCCUUUUAGCGCUUGGUGCUUGUGUACAGUUCGCACUGACGUAUAAUUCAGUCAGUCGUGACGUGCACAAAAAAACAGUCUCAACACUAGUUACGUUUUUGAAGCACCAGAACCCGCAACUGGUUGGCGCUGCUUGUAGUAGUCUCGGUUUGAUAGUACAGAAAUCUGCAUUACCUCUCGAUGACGGUAAGCCCAAAGAAAUAGGCAGUCCCGACGCCAAACGCCCAGCUAACGAUAUCAUAACGAAAAUGGACGUCGUUAAUCGCUUAAUGGACGUGAUGAACAACACGAAAUUGUCGGCGAAAAUUCGGGAAAAGGCCGCCAAGUCCCUCGGACUGAUGUGUGUGGGGGAGAAGUUCCCGCACACUAAGGAGAUAAUCCAAGGGCUUGUUAACACGUCGAAGGACACCAAAGACGUGGAGGUGCAUUUUACGAUCGGGGAGUCGUUGGUGAUGUGUUGUCAGAGUGUGUGGUCGCCGGAGGCGCGAAAUGCGUGGACGACGCUUCCGAAGGAUUAUGUUCCGAAUACGAGUGAAGCUAUGGUUGAUGAUAAUUUGGAUUGUUUGUUGGAUGAGUUGCUGAAGUUGGCGAAAAUGCCGCAUCCGAAUUCGAAGCAAGCGUCGUGUAUUUGGUUGUUGGCGAUUUUGAAAGGGUGUGGGGAGAGGGAACCGAUUACGAAGAAGUUACAAAUGUUGCAAAAUACGUUCAUGGAUUUGCUGUGCGAAAAUAACGAUAUUGUACAAGACGCCGCCUCUAAGGGUUUAUGUGUCGUCUACGACACGUACAAAUCAGAGGAAUUACUCACAGCACUGGUAAAACAAUUGACUUCGGGUACUCGCCAAGUGACCCAAGUCACAGACGAUACAAAAUUGUUUGAAGAGGGCCAGUUAGGUACAGCUCCAACUGGGGGUAACUUAACAACGUACAAAGAACUGUGCUCAUUGGCAUCCGAUUUAAACAAACCCGACUUGAUUUACCAAUUUAUGCAUCUUGCAAACCACAACGCAAUCUGGUGUUCGAAAAAAGGCGCAGCUUUCGGCUUCUCGUCAAUAGCCGAACGCUGCGGCGAAGACCUAAAAGCACACCUACCUUUAAUCAUCCCAAAAUUGUACAGAUACCAAUUUGACCCAACCCCCAAUAUUCAAGCGUCCAUGCACAACAUUUGGAGGGUGUUGGUUUCAGAGCCGCAGAAAACUUUGGACCAAUAUUACGACCAAAUUCUAGCCGAUCUUUUGGAAAAUUUAAAUUCAGGCCAGUAUCGAGUGCGCCAGUCGUGUUGUCUCGCCUUGCAGGAUUUCCUAAAAGGGGCGGGAAACCGCUCGAUUCACGACUGUGUCAACUCGAUGGACGAACUCUGGAGCAAACUGUUCCGUGUCAUGGACGACCACCACGAAGCCACGAGACUCACAGCAAAUAAAACCGCCAGAGUUUUGAGCAAAUUGUGUAUCCGAGGGUGUGACGUGGGGCAGGGCAAAGCCGGGGUUAAAAUGGUCGAGGCUAUUCUGCCUCCGCUGCUGAAUAACGGGAUCACGAACCCGGUCGCUGAAAUUCGCCUGAUAAGUCUUCAGACUAUUUCAGAACUCGUCGGUUCGGCCGGCUCGCAGCUGAAACCGUUCUUGCCAAAGUUAAUUCCGGCGCUUUUGCAAGCCACGGGCGAGUUGGAAUCGACGAAACUGUCGUAUUUGAGCACCAUGUUGGGGGCGCAAAGCCAGGCCCAGGAGGCUGUGGACAGUGCGAGGGCUUCUUUUGCCAAAUCGCAUUUCACUACGGAAACAGUUUCGAAAAGUCUACAGUACGCCGAUGCGUCGAUUUUGGAGGAGUUGGUUCCGAAAAUUGUUGAAUUGUUGAAGGGUUCGGUUGGGUUGGGGACGAGGAUUGCAUGUACGCAUUUUGUGACACUUUUGGUGGUGCAGAUGGGACAGGAUUUGCAACCCUAUACUGGGAAGUUGUUAGCAGCACUUGUAAAUGGGUUAACUGAUCGAAAUGCCGCAAUAAGGAAGCAUUAUGCAAGUGCUAUUGGGCAUUUGGUUUCAACGGCCAAAGAAUCAAGUUUGGAGAAGUUGUUUGCCAAGUUGCAGCAUUGGUACUUUGAGCGUGAAGACGAUUCGAUCCGUUCGGCAUGCGCUUACACAAUUCAGUCGAUCGGAAUCCACAACCAGGAAGUGCUAAAAUCGCACUCGGAGGUGAUUCUGCCCCUGGUGUUUUUUGCAAUGCAUUGCGAGAAAACGCCGGAGACGGAAAGCACUCUUGAGGUGUGGACGGAAAUUUGGUCGGAACAUAGUCCGGGCACGGAAACCGGAAUCCGGCAAAAUAUCGAAGUCAUCUGCGAUAUCCUGAAAACGGCGUUAGAAUCACCUUCGUGGACGAUGAAGGCCCAGGCGGCGAGUGCCGUUUCGACGGUGGCAAGCAAAUUAGGUACGACGAUGGAUGCCAAACAUAGGAAUGCCCUUAUAAAUAUUCUAUUGAAUGGUUUAUCAGGACGGACAUGGAAUGGGAAAGAUAAAUUGUUAAAAGCGCUCGCUAGUAUUUGUUCAAAUUGCAGGGAUUCAAUCAAGGAGGAUGAAGGUGUUAACGUCGACUUGAUAAUAGACGCUGUGAUUAAAGAGAGUCGUAAAGACGAGAUCGGGUAUAAAAUAAAAGCGUUGGGGUCUUUAGGGGACGUUUUAUCGGCUCUAGAAGUGGACAAGUUCGACGAGGUCUAUGCAAUAAUUCAGUCGAUCUUGACCGAUGACAACUCGGUGAAGGAAGAAGACGAAGAUAUUUCGUCGGAGGAAAUGGUGAAGAAACGCGAGAAUAGCAUUAAAUUGAAAGAAACGGCUUACGAAACUUUGGGUAAAACAUGGCCUGCAAAAAGCAAACUCACCCAAGAUAAAUACGGGGAAAUGUUCGUCGAGCAUUGCGUUAAGUGCUUACCGUGUAUUACACGCUCCGUGCAAGUCAGUGUAGUGUCAGCACUGUACAAUUACGUCGAUAAACUGAUCUUAUUAAACGAGGAAUUGGCCGCAGACGAUAAGAAAAAGUUGGGCAGAAUCGUCGAUAAAAUCAUAAUUGCGAUUAAAUACGCUUUGGGAAUAUCGAAACACACGCGGCUCCGCAAGGAGUCGCUCAACGUCGUGUUCUGCAUGGGUAACAAACUCAAGCAGAAAAACCACGCGGAGGAGUUCCAAAAACUGCGUGAAAUGUUCGACCAGGCCUUGGUCGACAUUUCCGGCGAUAAUCAACCGGAAAUCAAGUCGAGACUUACAGAUAUUAAAAAUUUGUUGAAGACCAAUUAAUUUUUAAGUUUGUAAAGUUGCCAAUAAACGAAUUUUUCGAC